AUCCGUCACUCCUCCUGCCCCACCCGCGCGGGCCGGGUCUACGCGCUCUGCGCCUGCCGGGAAGGGGACGGCGAGGCCCCGGAUGGAGCCAAGAUGGUGGCACUGGUGGUGUCUGGGCUGUGGGCCUUGAAGCGGCUCUGUAGCGUCGUGCUCUUCGUCUCGCAGCUCUACGUGCUCUCGGGCCGCGCAGGAUCCUUGAUGACAACAGAGCACUCAAAACAACAGUUUGUGUCUACAAAAGGUGUAACAUCUCCAAGUACAAAUACUCCAUAUACUAGAGCAACAGAGACUACGGAGAUUCCAUCUUACCUGAGUAAGUGUCCCAGCAAUGGGCUGUGCAGCAAAUUGCCUCCAGACUGCAUGACAUGUAAAACAAACUUCUCCUGCGUAUAUGGGAAGCCAGCCACUUUUGAUUGCAAGAUUAAGCCACAAAUUCAUUGUGUUGAUCAGAGAAACAAUGAAGUGGAGAACUUCACAAUCAACAUGACUUGCCAGUUUUGCUGGCAGCUUGAACCUACUGAUUACGUGUGUACCAGUUCUACAAGUUGCAUGACAGUCUCUUGUCCAAGACAACGAUAUAAUGCCAAUUGUACAGUGCAUGAUCAUAUUCAUUGUCUAGGUAAUCGUGUCUUUCCUAAGAUGCUUUACUGCAACUGGACUGGAGGCUAUAAAUGGUCUACAGCCUUGGCACUAAGCAUCACCCUUGGUGGAUUUGGAGCAGAUCGCUUCUACUUGGGCCAGUGGAGGGAAGGUCUGGGCAAACUCUUCAGCUUUGGUGGACUGGGAAUAUGGACACUAAUAGAUGUGCUACUGAUAGGAGUUGGAUAUGUGGGGCCUGCAGAUGGAUCUCUCUACAUUUAAGUACACACAAAACAUGCUUCAGAGAAGGAUCAAAUUUGGGAAAAGGCCUAAAAAACAAUGUAGAAAUUGGUCCUUAAUGGUAGAACUAGGAACACAUUCCCUGUGUGCACAUAUUUUAAUGUACAGUAUCUGUACUUAGCCUGCCUUGAACUAAGGUAAAAUAAAUGAAUGGAUCACUGAACAGUGUUUAUUUGUAAUUAAUUUCCUUCGGCUUGCAAGUACUGUUUUUUUCUAUGAAAAAAGUUUAAGUUGCACGGCUAAACAAGUUGACUACUGUUCCUGAAGAAAAUAUAAACUAAUUAAAAUAUUAAAUUAAGAAUUGCUUACUUCAUAUUUGUGUGUUGUCUGAAUUUAGCUCUCUAACUAGCUUCCCUAAAUAUGCUUGCAAGAUUUUUUUUCAUGUUUAUGGCAAGAUAAAGUGCUUGUGUAAACCUAAACCUAUUUGGGCAUAUGUAGAUUGCCAACUAUUGUAAUCUUAAUUACAUGUAGUUUCUCUUCUGCUUUUCACUUGGGGAUAUCACAAACUUAAUAUUUCUGCUGUCAUUGUAAAGAACACUGUAGGACUCUUUCCAGCGUGAUGGAGUUUCUGCUUGGCCUAGACCUCAGAGAGCAUUGUAUAUGGCUUAAUUUUUGUGCUCUCAAAAUUACAGGGUAUUAAAAUUUAAAUCCAAAAAGGAGAUCUGGUGAUUAACUUAUCAGCUGAAGAUUUGGUAACAAAGUAUUUUCUUAUUGAAAUGUUGUCUGAUGUUUACUUGUACUAACCUUCAGUGACAUUAUGGAAACAUUCUAGAAGGCUGUAACAUUUGUUUUCUGAUCUUUUUUUUUUCUAAUUAGGCAAUUCAUAUUUUCAACUUUUUUUUUGUUUUUUUUUUAAGUCUUACCUCUCACCUACAUGUCCUCUUUCCAAGGUCCUCUGUAGCAAUCCAGUCUUAAAUCAUGUGGCAAGACUCCUUGGCUUCUGCAGCACUAACUGCACAACACUGAAAACUGUCAGUUGGAUAAACGUACAUUGAAUUAAAUAUGAUGAAAAU